AUGUGGAAUGAAAAAAGCAUUAGUGAAAUAACGCUUAUACGAAAAGAAAAUAUAUUUGGAAUUAUUAAAUGGAAACCAAAAACUUUAUCUCAUUGUAUUUUACCAAUUUCUAUAAUUAAUUGGAUAACAGGAUUUAAUAUAUUGGAAUAUCCCUUGGGAAAGCCUCAACCAAUAUUUACGUUUGUUUACACUUUCUUAUUUGCUUUAUUUUAUUGGUCCUUUAAAUUCUUAAGUAUUUCAGAAAUAAACUUUACUAACUUAACCACGUUUGCCCAAGAUGUAUACACGUAUAUUUUUUAUAUGAAUAACACUAUUGCAGCUAUUUCUAUUUUAAUCAACUGGUGUUUUUACAAGAAGUAUAAAAGGACACUUGAACAAUUGGAACUAGUUGAUGUUGCCUUAGAAUUUAUUGGUUCUUCAAAGAAAUAUCAGAAAAUGUUCAAAAUUUGUCUUUUCGAAGUAAUUAUAUGGAUUGUUACAAUUUUUGUUCUUUUAAUAAAUGACAUAGAAACGUUAAUAAGAACAAACGAUUGGGGCACAUGUUUAAUAAUAUUGGGCUAUUUUCAAGUUCCACUUCAUUGUAAUUCAAUUACUGACUUUACAUUCACUUCAAUGAUCAAAUGUAUAGGAGUGAGAUUUAAAGACAUAAAUUUAGUUUUAGAAAAAAUUUUAAUAAAGUAUGAAAAACCAAAACCAAUCAGUGAAUUUUAUCAAAAAUCUAGAAAAUUAAAAAUAUUAGUUAAGCCAGCAGCAUCAAAUAUAAUAAUCGACAAUCAACAGCAAAAACAAUUGUUUUCAAUAAUAAGGCAACUUCAUUUGGAAAUAUCAAAAUUAUCCAGGAAAAUAAACGAAAUUUACCAAAUUCAAAUUAUAAUAGGAAUGGGUGCACUUUUCUCAAAUGUAAUUUCUCUAUUAUAUCAAUUAUAUAUAACUAUUUUCUUCUCCAACAACUCUUUGCAAUUUAAACUACGAUCAUUAAUUGGUACCUCAUUAUGGUGUACUGUAUUGGGAUACAGAAUUUUUAAUAUUAAUUCCACUUGCGGAAAUGUUAGUAAAGAGUCAUGUAAAACGAGUGAAAUUUUGUGUGAACUAAAAAAUGCAAAUAAUGAUAGAGAAUUCAAUGAUGAGAUUGAACAAUUUUCUCUGCAAUUGUUUCAACAUCCAUUGAUUUUCUCUCCAUGUGGAUUAGUUACUUUGAAUUAUUCAUUUAUCAGAAAUGUAAGUACCCAAAUGUACCCAAAAUUGAUACUUUUCUUUUCAAAAAUUUUUACAAAAAUUUUUUUCCCCCGAAACAAUUGUUUCGACAUUAAUAUUUUUCACUGUGAUUUAAAAUUAGAGACGAAGAACAACUUUCAAACAGAGAAUAUCUACAAAAGUAACAGAAUGAAACAAUAUACGAAAAAAACAAAAAGCAUUCAGGAUGUUGUACAACCAUUACAAUUUCUAAGCUGGAGUUUGGGUAGCGGAAUCAUUGAAAUUCCAAUAGGACGUCCAAAUUUUACAAUAACUAUUCUCUAUUCAUUAAUUAUUUUAACGAUUUAUGCUGUAACUUUGUAUUAUACAAUAAUUAACGAACAUACUAUGUACUUCAACAAAUUCAAGAAUACAGGGAUAUUUCUGCUUAACAUGACAACAAUCGGAAAUGCAUUUUUGGCUAUAAUUUCAAUAAUUUUAUCUUGGAGACGAAGAACGGGAUUAAAAAAAUGCAUUCAACAAAUUGGAAAGGUGGAUGAACAUCUACAAAAGAUUGGAAUACCAAAGGACUAUGAUAAAACGAUGAAACGAGAAAUUUUAAACAUGAGCCUAAUUUUUAUCACAGUUAUUAUUGUAAUGAUUAUAAAUUCAUUCGCCGUAGCAGAUGUAAAAACUGAAACCUAUAUUAGAGUUUCAAUAAUAAUAUCGGUUCAUUAUCCACUGGUUCUAAUUUUUGUGGCAGACACUAUAUUUUUAGUUUUAUUAAGGUCCAUGAGAAGAAAAUUUGUAAGCCUAAAUGCUUUAUUAAGAGGCAUGUCAUCAGCAACUUCUAUGUCCCCUCAAUAUAUGAAGUUGAUUUACCAAAAAACUGAUCUUAUAAAUGCUAAUGGAAAUAAUAAGAAAACUAAUGAUGACUCGCACUUAAUGAAAGAGGCAAAACAGGUUCAUUUGGAGUUAAUAAAAAUUUCCAAAAAUAUCAAUGAAACAUUUGGCUUGCAAAUACUUUUGUCUAUGGGACUUUCUUUAAUUUUUAUAACCGGACUGUUAUAUCUUUCUUAUCUGAUUAUGUAUCAAAAAAAUUUGACAGAGUCAGAUAGAAUUUAUGGAUUAAUUUCUUCGUGUUGUUGGUUAUUCCUUUAUACAAUGAAAAUUUUAUCUAUCAAUCACAUUUGCGAUAGGACAAGUGCAGAGGCACUUCAAACAGGAAACGUAAUAUGUGAAUUACACGAGCCAAUGACAAAUAAUAAAUUUCGUUCAGAGAUUCGAGAAUUCGUUCUGCAAAUAAUUCAUAAUCAAUUAAAAUUCACAGCAAACGAUUAUGUGGCUAUGGACUAUUCAUUCAUUCAAGGAGUUGUGGGAUCGAUAACAACAUAUUUGGUGAUUUUAAUUCAAUUGAGCAGCGACAUAGAACAUGAAGGCUCUACAUUAAAGUUAAAUUCAACAAACCUGCAUCCCUAAAAAGAUUUUCAGCCAAUUACAUCUUUGGGUCUUCUUCAACACUGAAUUGGGUUACAUUGACACUGAUCAUUGGCUCUUUACACAUUGGAGGCGUCACACCGUGAAAUUCAGUAAUUACCAUGCUUAAUCACCAA